UUCAGCUUCAGUCAAAUAGUUAACUACUUUUGCACCAGACCAGUAACCAGUCCCCCCCCCCCGCGAUGUUGUCGUUUGCACCCCCGAAGCUCAGCAAGCUGCUGCCCUGGGGAGACCGCAUGGUUUUUAACCUGCCUCCGAUCAAGGUCCAUGAGAUCGAUGUCGCCCAGGAGAAGCCCGCCCGCGCACUGAAACAUCUCCUCAAAUUGAACCACAUCAACUACGCCAUCUUGCACAAUGAGCGCAAAUUCCACAACCAUGCCCCCCACAUACUCAGUUCCUCUUUCCUGCAAGGCGCAGACGCGGAGGAUCUGGGCCGUGUCUUCGACGCCGAGUCAAAGAUGCUGGAACCCUGGGUGGAUGCACCGGCGGAACUCAGCACCGAGGAUUGGAGGGAUUAUCUGUCGUGCAGAGAAUACCAACGCGCAUUUGUAGACUUCUUCGAGGACGAACUCGUCCAUCAGGGAUAUGACUGGAAGGAAGUCGUUAUGGACUACUUGUUUUCCGGAAAGGAGCCAUUGUUCAGUUCCAUUGCUGUAGAUCUCGGACACCCCCUGAUUCAUCUCGCAUAUGCGUUCGAAUUCUCCAGCCGCGAAGUGGCCAUGGAGGCCCUCGCGUUAACCGCGACCUGCUACGGCAGCAUCCACAAAUACAUCGACGACCCGUCUUACUCGCAAGCCGAGUCCUCGCACCAAUCCACCUCCCUCUUCGAGAUCCUGCGCAAAGUCCGCGCCGAUAAGCGAUUCCACGGCAUCUUCGGCACCCCGGGGGGUCAGAACAUGGAAAUCCUCUUCCGCACCCACGAAGGUCUCCUCCUCGACCACUGGAAUGCCUGGAAGAUCGACGAUCCUGUCACCCAGUUCCGCGAGAGCCAGGAACUCGCCGUGGCCAUCCUGACCGCCACGCCCUCCGAUCGCACUUCCGAACAGUACGAUUUCUUCUUCGUCCACCUGCUCACCACCAGCCACGCCGUGCGCGUCCUCCUCCCCGUCAUCCCGCCCCGCUUCCAAGUCUCCCUCGUGCGUCAGUGGUGGCUCCUCACGCUGUCGGUCUACAUCGCGCAGCUUCGCCCCGAAAUCGACCUCGACCGCAUCCGUUCCUACGCCCUCGCCGGCCGCGACUGGUCCUGGACGGCCACGCAGGCUGUCAAGGGCCGGUUCUCUACCGAUUCGCACUACGUCAAGGCCCUCCGGGCUUUCAAAGAAUGCGCCAGUACCUGGGGCGACUCGGACGCGUUCUACCUGAAGGCUGCGGUCCGGUUUGGCGAGGAGUUUGAUGGCUGGGGAGGAUUUGUCUAGUCUAAGUAGAGAUGACGGCUUGUCUUUGUCACGGGAGCGGCGUUUUACUUUUUUUAAAUUUUGUCCUCCAUCCUGGAGACUAUAUGCUACUGACUGAUUUGGCGCUACUUCUUCCGCCGCGGAUACCGCUUAUGUUUCCCUCAUCCCUUGUUUUCUUCUUCUUCUUCUUCUUCUGACCUAUUGGAGUGUUACACUUAGCUGGCCUAUGAAGCUCA